UGGCAAGUUAUUCUUCCGGUGUCACAGGUCAACUCGUCCGCGAAGAAGCACGGAUCCAAGAAAAUCGACGGACACCGACUGGAAAAAACAAUUAAAAUAAUGUCUCACACCAUUCUGCUGGUGCAGCCCACCAAGAGGCCAGAGGGAAGGACAUACGCCGAUUAUGAAUCUGUCAACGAGUGCAUGGAAGGUGUGUGCAAGAUGUACGAGGAGCAUUUAAAGAGAAUGAACCCCAACAGUCCGUCGAUAACAUACGACAUCAGCCAGCUGUUCGACUUCAUCGAUGACCUGGCCGACCUCAGCUGCUUGGUGUAUCGGGCCGACACACAGACGUACCAGCCGUACAACAAGGACUGGAUCAAAGAGAAGAUCUACGUGCUGCUCCGCCGCCAGGCCCAGCAGGCCGCAAAGUGAAGCCUCUGAGGAGGGGAGGGGGGGAGGGGGUCCAAUAUGAUUUACGAUCUGCAACUUGCAUUCAAAUGGUUUGAGUAACUUGUUCUAAGAAGUUUUUGACAACUUUUGUUGUUUUGUUUUUUUACUCAUCAAGAGGGGCGUGUUUUAAUGUUUGCCUUAUUAAUAAAGUUUCCUUAAAAAACGUUUCUGAAUUAAGUUUCUCUUUUUCCUAAAAUAAAUGAAAGAUUUCUUCUUUUUUUAAAUAGCUGUGCGUUGUAAGAAUUAAAUUAUCCUUCCAUCGGUUUCUGUUUUUUUUAUUGUUUCAUUCCUCAUUUCUGUAUUUAUUUUAAUUUUUUAUUCUGUCACCUCUACUGUCGACUGCAGUAAAGUGCUACGAAUGAUAAGUUUGUUUUGCAGCCUUGCUCAAGGUAAUUUCCACAGUUUUUGAAAACGAGCAUUUUGAAAUAUCGAGCAUUUUAUUUUACUACCUAGAUAAAUUAUUUCCAGUUUCCUGGAAAUUUAACCUAAAGCAUGAAAUGUUCCUCCUUCCACAUUUUCCUUUCUGUUCUGUCUUUUCUCCUUUUGCUCUUUUCUUAUUUGGCCCUCCUUAGACCGUGUGCUGUUGACGGUAAAGUGUUACUGAGGAUGUUAAUUUGCUUUGGUGUCGUGCACAUUUCCUCAUUUUUCAAUCAAUACAGCGGCAAACGAGCGCGUUUCAAAAUAUUGAUUUUGAUUUAUUCUAACUGUCCCUUGGAAGAAUGCUUUUUGGUUCCUGGACGUUCAAAACUGACUCGGUGUGAGAAUGAGAUUCAAAAUUAAAUUCUUUCUUCCUUUGGUUUCA